AAACGGCUACUCGGUAAUCAAUUUCUAUUGUGUCAAGAAUAGCUUUCGCGUGUUGCUGUUCUUGUGUCGCAGCUCGCGUAGAUUUUGUUAAAAAUAUAACGAGAUUGUGUAAAUAAAUCUUAAAAUAGGGAUCAGCCCACACACACACACUAGAAAAAAAUAAAAACAAUGGGGCGCAAACAGGGAUGCGUCAUUAAAAACUCUGCAGCAGCGACCACAAAGACAAAAACCACUACAAAAAAGGUUAUGCCACACGAUGAAUUCAUGCAACGUAUACGCAAAUCUUUAUAUUUUGGUCAGGAUUUUAGUGAAUGUGAAAGCAUGGGUGUCUCCAAGCCCUUGGCUGAGCUAACUUCUGAACUAUUUUCUGACACCCAUCGUGGUCAUACGUUAAAUCGUCUAUCCUGUGUUGAGGCCUCCAGUGUUAUACCAGCAACACCGGCUGCAUUGAUUAUGGCUCUUAUCUAUUUGGAUCGUUUAAAUGCCACAGACCCUGCUUAUGUCCGACGCAUAACACCACAAGAAUUGUUUAUUGUUUCGAUGAUGAUUUCAACAAAGUUUUAUGCUGGACAUGAUGAGGAAAUCUAUCUAUCUGAUUGGGCUGAGGAUGGUAAUAUGUCAGAGGAUCGUUUGAAGGAAUUAGAAUUGGAAUUCUUAUGCGCAAUAGAAUGGAACAUAUACAUAUCGAACGAACAGUUUUUCGAAAAACUUACCUGCAUAGAAAAGCAAUUGGCUCGGCGUGAAGGUUUACGUCGCGGUUGGCUUACCUAUUCCGAAUUGAUGCAAAUGUUACCUUCGUUUACGCUAGCCAAAUUUCUGCUCAAUAAUAUAACCAUAAUGGCUGUCAGUUAUGCUGCCAGUGUUAUGACAAUUGCUGGAGCAUUCUUUUUGGCUGCACAAAUACCGGGAACUUCAUUGUAUCGUUCGUCAAAAACCACUCAUGAUAUUGAUAAUGAUCUAUUGAAUGCCACGGAUAUAAUCAAGACAAACGGUUCCACAUCAGCAUCGUCUACCACAUCGGCAUCCAUGGCAAACAGCAUGCGGCAGCACAAUCAUACCACACAUUUAGGUUUAAAUGUUGAAGCUGAAUUGCUCAAACUUGAAAGACAAUAUCGAGAAGAAGACCUGCGUAAUCAAAUGAGACAGAAACAUAAUGAAAUUGCUACCGAGUCACGUCUGACCCUACCGCAACAACAGUAUAUGGCCAAAUUGAAUGUUCACCAGAAAUGUGCCAAAUAUGAUAUUCAACGUCAGCAACUUGGCUAUUGGUUUGCUUACAAAGAGGAACUUAGUGAACAUGAAAUGGCCAGCAAAAUCGAUGAGCAUUUCCAAACACCUCUCUUCGUUCAAAACUACGGCAAUUCGGAUAAUAACUAUUACAAUGGAUUGAAACCUGUACCGGCAGCUGUGAAUCAUAAAUUUGAUAAUGCUUCAAUAACCUCAAUGCUGUGGAACUUUUUAAGUGAUACUGUACAACAGCAUACCCCGUUUAUGCGUUUGCCAUUCGUAUGGCUAAAGUUUAUGUAGAAGAAUGGCAUCCUUUUCUUUUCAAAAUUUAUAUAUUUUUACAUACAAAAUUUUUUUAACCAAGAAAAAAAUGGAAUAUUUAAGUAUAAUUUAUUAUUUUAUUACUUUGUCUGCUGUCCAUGGGUUUUAAUUGGGAUUCCACCAAUUAGAAACUACGUGUUUGGACAGUGUAGAACAUAAAAAUUUACUAACAACUAAUAUAUAUAUUUAACCUUAUAAGAGUGUGUAUUUCAAAAACGCAAAUAUAAUUUGCGCUUGAUUGCAUACCACAUAAAUAUAUUGCAGAAAAAGCUAACGAAAUAAAUUCUAUAUUUUUUGAAUAUGAAUUAAAAAAAAAAAA